GAAAUAUCAAUCAAAGGGUUGUAACCCUUCAUAAUAUUGUGUAACACAGGAAAGAAUAUCUGCACGGUUACCAAUGCGUGCGGCUAAAUUACCGCCCCAUAUGGCUGUCUCCAAACUGUUACCGGACCGUCAUUAUAUUAUCACCACCGUCGACAGCUGCGCAAGCUACCAACGCUUUUCUGCGAAUUUAACACCACCACGAAUGGCAUCGAUGCCUUCCCUGACGAGGCCCAACUCCUCGUUGGCGCGACAGGAAUUCAGUGUCGACGACCUCGUGCCGGAGGACUUGACCCAUCUUCUCGUGCUUUGCCGUUCGGUGACCCAUCCUAGGGCGUCCAUCAACUUUUCUUUUCAAGGGAUCGCGAGCCUUUGCCAGGGCUCUGUUACAACUGCGGACACCCUAGACAGGGAUGCGGUAGCGCCGCCCCAACGUGACACCGUGGAAAAUCUCUUCUGCAUGCACAUUGUUGAGCGGGUCAAGGAGGAUUUUGUGACGAACAAUCUAAUCUAUGAUUGCCUUAAGUGGUACAAGACGGGGCCCGGUGGGUCGCCUAGGAUUGACGGAUUCACCGAAUUACUUCAACAGACACGGAGCCAAGGGGCGCAGUCCGCGGCGGAGGCGCAAAUGGCGUUGGGGGUGUCCCCCAGCAGCCCGGCCGCGGCAACGCCCGAGGCCAAGUUCGAGCAGGACCCCCUUUCGCGAGACGCUGAGGCGCGUGCGAAGUCCGACGAGAAUGUCAAAAUAUCUCUCACCUUGCCCAAUGCUGGCUCCAUCUUUACCUUUUACCCUUUUUCUGUCUCGGUUGAAGCCUGCAUACCGUAUCGUUCUGAGCACUUCUGCGUGAUGGUGAAUCUCAAACCUAUUCUUCCAUACCACCUCAUGGUGGUGCCCUUGCGUUGCGUAGGGACGAUUCAUGGUCUCACUGAGGGGGAGCUCAAAGACUGGGGCGAAACGAUGGCUCUGACCCUCCGCGUACUGAAUGAGGUUUUCAAUCGCAGGCGUCAAGGUGAUGCUCUGCUGCAAGGGUCAAAGGAUGUAGAUUAUUGCGUAGCCAUUCAGCAAGGUAGUGAAUCAGGGCAGACAGUACCUCAUUUACACACCCACAUCAUUCCCUUUCAGUCUCCGGAGGAUUUGGGUUCAUCUCCAGAUAGUGAUGAGAGCCAGAUUCCUCGAGUAGCGAAAACAAAUCAAGAAAUGGGAGAGGAGACGACCUUUCUUAAGACCUUUUUUGCUGAACUUAGGGAUACCCUAAGAUAA